UUCACAAAAGUUGGGUUAGGUCCAGUUAAGAAGCGUCGAAUACAUCUUAAACCCUAAAAUCUCAUCGUCAUACGUCUGUGUAUAGCAGAGUGUUCUUCUCCCUCUAGGGUUUCUUCAUCAGAUCUUGAUCGCAUAGUCAAGAAAAAAAAUGGCUCCAAAGAAGGGUGUUGCAGUAGCAUCGAAGAAGAAGCCUGAGAAGGCGAAAGUGGUGAAUCCACUGUUCGAGAAACGGCCAAAGCAGUUCGGUAUCGGUGGGGCGCUGCCGCCGAAGAAGGAUGUAACAAGGAAUGUAAGAUGGCCUCGGAAUGUUACCCUCCAAAGGAAGAAGAGGAUUCUCAAGAUGCGAUUGAAGGUCCCUCCUGCUCUCAACCAGUUCACCAAAACCCUUGACAAGAACCUCGCUACAAACCUUUUCAAGAUGCUUCUUAAGUACAGGCCCGAGGACAAAGCUGCAAAGAAGGAGCGUCUUGUCAAAAGGGCUCAAGCUGAAGCAGAAGGAAAAACUCCUGAAACAAAGAAACCCAUUAUUGUGAAGUAUGGGCUCAAGCACAUCACUUACCUUAUUGAGCAGAACAAAGCUCAGUUAGUAGUGAUUGCUCAUGAUGUGGACCCAAUAGAGUUGGUCGUCUGGCUUCCUGCGCUAUGCAGAAAGAUGGAAAUUCCGUACUGCAUUGUGAAGGGGAAAGCUCGUUUAGGAUCGAUCGUGCAUAAGAAAACUGCUUCAGCCUUGUGUUUGACAACCGUGAAGAAUGAAGACAAAAUGGAGUUCAGCAGAAUUUUGGAGGCAAUUAAGGCUAACUUCAAUGACAAGUAUGAAGAGAACAGGAAGAAGUGGGGUGGUGGUAUCAUGGGCUCUAAGUCACAGGCCAGGACCAAGGCCAAAGAGAGAGUUCUUGCCAAGGAAGCUGCCCAGAGAUUGAACUAAGAGCUUGCUGUGAUAAUAUACACUGCAAUUUGAUUAGAGAGAUUCUCAGCCAAGUUUUGUAUUUGGUUCACAUGCUUUGCAAUGUUAAAGAUAUUAGCUUGACAAGUACCUUUAUGUUUGCCUUGACAAUGCUUUAUCAGACAUUUUGUUAGAUAUUUAUUUGAGUUGAUAUUUUUAGCGCUAGUUGGAAUUUGGGGAAAGAUAGAGAGCUCUGUAGGCUCUCCUGAUCAAAUUGAGAGUUUGCCUUGCCAGUCCAUGAAUAUGCCUCAACCAGCCGUCUGAGGAGUUGGCCAGAUACGGGUCGAAGCCCUGCCUCGAAAAUGUCAGGACUUUAUAUUACUACACUUUACUACAAGUUAUUUCUUCAAUUAGUGCUUACUCUUGUUUAUGAA